AUGUCAAUGAGAACAUGCUCUUUUGGGCCUGAAGCACGAAUCGAGCUUAAGGCUACAGGAAUCAUUAAUAUUCAUGGUUUUUAUGUUAAUUUAGGCAAAUUUAUGCAACAUCGUGGUAAUUUAUGCAAAUUUAUACAGGCUCGUGGCAAAUUCAGAGAGUCAUUUGAGCCGUACUUCGUGGUUCCGAGCUGGUUGUGGGCCCGAUACAACGAGGACCUGAUGGAGAGGAUGUGCGACAAGGCUGCCUACACUCGCCUCCUCCACGGACUUGGGUUCGAAUUUUGGGUGGCCUCCGACGAUUUCAUCCUCCUCCUACUACACCCACUAAGUGACGUCACCAAGAAGUAUUUCAUCUAUCAAGAUAUGCAGCGGUUUUUUUUUAUAUGUAUUAUUAAGAGAUGUCACUACAUUCUCAGCUUUGAAAACAUUAACUAA